CCAGCUUUCAAACCGGUUGGAGCUCAUUGUGGUGGCCCUGGAUGAGAGGCUUCAGUGAGCAGGUUGGAGCCUCAGUGAGCGCUCGUGUUAAUUAUCAGCCUGUGUGGCCACCGCUAUGUUGGUGUCCCUCAACCAUCUCUUCGGGGUCCAACUGGGUCUCCUCUGCCUCACCAACGGUGUGUGGAGUAACAGACAGAGAGGGAUGCUGAAGCCUAUCAACAGUAGGACCUCACCGCAGACGCCUGCCCCCAUUGGUAGCGUCACACGACCCUCCGGUCUUAGUGCCUCCCUCCUCAGGCCUUUCACUGGUAAUGUUUACAAUUCGCACACCGACUCCGCCUUUCCCGACUCAGGGAUAGGAGGCUCUCCAGGCCACAGCGUCGAACCCCAAAGCAACAGCUCCGACAACGCCGGCAGCGGGGGUAGUAUCAAUGACAGUAGCUUCAGCAACAGCGGCAGUAGCUUCGCCAACAGCGGUAGUAGCUUUGCCAACAGCGGCAGUAGCUUUGCCAACAGUGGCAGUAGCUUCGCCAACAGUGGAAGUAGCUUCCCUAACAGUGGGGGUAGUUCUAGCAAUAGUGGAAGCAGUUUUGGUCAUGGUGGAAGUAGUUCCAUCAACGGUGGUAGUGGAAACAACUUCGGCAAUGGUGGAAGUGGAACCAGUUUCACCAGUGGUGGAAGUAGCUCAAGUAAAGGUGGCAGCAACUUUGGCAACAGUGGAAGCAGUUCUGGCAACAGUGGAAGUAGUUUCAGUAACAGCGGUAGUAUCCUCAACAACAGUGGAAGUAGCGUCAGCGGCACCGGCGGUGGAGGUAGUUCCAACAGUGGAAGUAGUUUCAACAGUGAAGGUAGUUCCAUCAGCGGAAGUAGUUUCAACAGUGGAAGCGGUUUUAACAGUGGAAGUGGUUCUAACAGUGGAAGUGGCUUCAAUACCGGCAGCGGGUUCAACAGUGGAAGUGAUUUUGUCAGCAACACUGGUUUCAACAGCGGAAGUACUUCCAACAGUGGAAGCAGUUCCAGCAGUGGAAGUAGUUUCAUCAGUAGCGGUAGUAGUUCCAACAGCGGAAGUAGUUUUAACGGCGGUAAUGGUUUCAACACUGGCAGUGGCUUCAGCAGUAAUAGUGGUUCCAAUAGCGGCAGCAAUGUAAACAGUGGAAGCAGCUUCAACAGUGGGAGUAAUUUCAACAGCGGUGGUAGUAGUAGUAGUAGUAGUGCCAACAGUGACAGCAGCCUGAAAGGCAGCGGGAGCAGUUUCAGUAGCGGGAGCAGUUUCAGUAGCGGGAGCAGUUUCAACAGCGGAAGCAGUCUGAAAGGCAGCACAUCAUUCCAGGCCACAAAGAGCCCCGCAGGAGCCAUAACAAACCCGUCCUCAGGAACAGGCAACCUGCCUCCAGGCAAGACCAAUCCAGCGCCUGCACUUGCAUCUCUACCGCAGCGUCCGUCGCAGACGUCGCCCAAGACUUCAGCGGCAGGACCCUCCUCAGCCUCCAGUCAGAAAGAAGCUAACCUCAACCUGGGAGGGUUUGGGAGUUUGAUCGGUGGUUCCAAAGACAAGAGUAAAGCAUCGUCAUCAUCGCUGGGUAAACCCAACUCACAGAAUGUACAGCAUCCCACCCCCCGGCCAUCACCAUUUGGUGGCAACCACGCUCAUCGCUUAAAAUUAUCGCCGAGUUUGUUGGUGUUGUUGGUGUUGCUGUGUACUCAAGGCUAGUCAGGAAGGUCUGUAUCUGCUUCACACAGCUCUCUUCAAGAGUCCAGGAGACCUUCGUCCUCUGGAGCACCUUACCGUGUAACAAGUUAGGCAAAGGUGCGUCCAGCGGUGUCUGCUGGUUCUUAUGGUGUAUACCAUGGAAAUGUUACCAGUGAAAAGUGUCACUUGGUACACUACAGUACGUCGUCCGACUUGAAAUGGAGGUUGUGGUAACUGGCUCCUGUAGGUGCAGUUAAUGUGAUAGCGCUCUGCGUCGUGUGACGGAAGAAAUUGUUGGUUGAAGGAAACAGCCACUUGACUGAUACCAUACAAAAAAAAAUUGAUUAAAAGUGAAUGCCAGCGAAAUUUUGUCCCUUGAUGAGCCUGUUAAGCGAUGUAUGUAUCCCUAUUGUGUAUCCCUAGUGUGUAUCCCUAGUGUGUAUCCCUAGUAUGUAUCCCUAGUAUGUAUCCCUAGUGUGUAUCCCUACCUGACUGUACGCUGUGUAAAAUACUUGUGUACACUACAUUAGUAAUACUUAAUAUUUUUAGUAUGUAAAAUAUAUUUGAAUAACAAUUACUGCUUUGUUGAUAUGUGUUCUUAUUGUUCUUAAUGUACAUAGAAAGCAUCUUACAAUUUCUUUACAGCAGCAGUCUUACAUCAACAUGUUAACUGGUGGGCAGUUAGUCACACACAAAAAAAUUCCCGCCUACAAAAAUAAUACAGUAGCAUGUCGCCCCGAUGAAGUAUAUUUAUUUGAGUUCUAGGAAGUAUCUAGUACUUCGUGGUGAUGUGUCAUUCCUUGCUCAUCACUUGACGAUGAUGCUGAAACAAUUGAGGAGCUUGUUGCUGAUGUACGGUCGCCUGAUUCCAUAGCUCCAUCACUUUCAGCUGGUGAUGAAUCUGCCAAUGCAGAAACAAAUGCUGGGCCAUAGAGAAAACUGAAUGAUGAACUGAAUCGCUUUGUUCAUGCAUACGGUAUUAUGUGUCAUAUCGAAUCACAGCUGUUCCUGAAAUGAAACAAUGAUAUAAGUGAAGGACACGGUGACAUACUUACAAGUGCCAACACCAAACCUGUGAAGAGGGAACUCAAAAGACUUGGCCUCACUUUCAAGUAGUUUGUCAAGCCACGUGAUGGUAGAUUUCCUCUCCAUGCUGGAGUCGUGUACCUAAGAGAGCUCUGUUAGUGUCUAGCUUGUGUUGCUACCUGCCAUAACAUCACGAAUACUGUGGAUAAGGUUGCUGGAUAUUUGCGAAUGUUGAUUAAGUGCACUGAUGACAUAGUCUGCUUCAUCUCGCAUGCUUUCACAAACAGUUUCAAAGAACAGGCCUCCUACUGUGUGGUAUGCCAAUUAUACAAACUUAGAUGCACUGGGCACGUCAUGGUAAUCGUGGACAAAUUCUAUCAUGGUGGUUGUCAAGAAAAGCUUGAAGCAGGGCCAGGCACUGAUGAUCCCAAAUAUAAAGAUGCGCUUGAGCGGAACAGCAAAUUAAUUCUUAAAUAUGUCAAAGACAGAUCCCACAUUGCUGUUCCAUAAAACCAAUUGAAACAUAAUUUUCUUGGAAAACGGAUGGGCCAGGGAAUAAUUCCCUCAUUGACAGAACUCUCAGCAGUCUUCAACUGUACAUCUCUCACUGAUACGGCUAGAAGGAUCAAAAUUUUCUGAAAAUGAAUGAGUUUCUGAUCCCAUGCAAGUGACAGUAUAUACCUUUUCAGAAAGGAUACAAGUUUUUUUUUUAUAGGGUAUAUCUGGAGAGUAUACCUGGAGAGAAUUUCGGGGGUCAUCGGCCCCGCAGCCCGGUCGGAGACCAGGCCAGCUGACCAAGGUCCCAGGACCUAAAUGUAUCCAAUAAAGGUGUCUUGAGUGGAUGAUGUACUCGUGUCCUUCCAUCCAGUGCUUGUCAGUCCUGUGCAAAAUUUAGCUCCAUAUUCUGUGGUAAAAAUAGUUGAUCCCCAUUGCACUCUUUUUUUUUUCGUUGUGACAAAAGACUUUCAAUGUCUUUACAAAGUUCAAAUGGUAGAGUAUUCGUUGCCUUGAAUGGACUUGCAACAACUCAUUCUGAGCGGCGUCCAGCUGUACCAACACUACAGUGAACGAAGCAGCGACGGUACAAACACCCACAGCAACACUACAGUGAACGAAGCAGCGACGGUACAAACACCCACAGCAACACUACGGUGAACGAAGCAGCGACGGUACAAACACCCACAGCAACACUACGGUGAACGAAGCAGCGACGGUACAAACACCCACAGCAACACUACAGUGAACGAAGCAGCGACGGUACAAACACCCACAGCAACACUACAGUGAACGAAGCAGCGACGGUACAAACACCCACAGCAACACUACGGUGAACGAAGCAGCGACGGUACAAACACCCACAGCAACACUACAGUGAACGAAGCAGCGACGGUACAAACACCCACAGCAACACUACAGUGAACGAAGCAGCGACGGUACAAACACCCACAGCAACACUACAGUGAACGAAGCAGCGACGGUAUAAACACCCACAAGUUAACACCUAUAUCACACAUUUGUAAAAACAAUCUUCCGCAGUAAUUACUCUCUCAGUAAUUACAACUGACUGAUAAAUGAGAAUACAUCAAGUUUAUUUAAUUGGAUUUGUGUUAUUCGUACUAAAUAAAUUAUUAUUAUAAUCAAAACUAAGCACUAAACCCACCAGGGUCAUGCAGAUCUGCCCGUACUAAAUAAAAAAAAAAUACCAGACUGACUGAUAAAUGGACAUUACUGUUUGAUCUGACUUUUAUUUGUGAUUAAUAAAAAAAAAACAAAAGUAGGCCUAUGCAAAAGUGAAUUAUAAUUUUUUUUUUGCCUUUUCUCCUUGUACUUUUACUCAAUAUACAAUUAAUGCUUUAAAAUCUUCUUGCUUAUUGCCCCGACAGACAUUAAUAAUGUACAUAGGAAGUAACGUAGAAUCUCUGUUCAAAAUACAACAUGUCUCUCUUCCUUCUUAAUUCUUAAGUAAAUGUUUAUUUGAUAUUUUAAAAUCUUCCUUUUGAUUAUAAUAAUAAUUUAAAAUCUUCUUAUUGGCCUCAAAUAUUAAGAAAUGUACAUAGCAAAUAUUUUAGAAUCUCCUGUUAAAAGUGA